UUGGGGCCGAAACGGAAUGGCAAAAUUCUGAAACGAGUAAAAUUGGUGAGGCGAAUUUUCUUGGGGUUUGCAGUUUGAAAAAAUUCUUCGUUGAGGAUAGAUCGCUAUUUUUUAGGAGUAAAUUUAAAUUCGAACGAGUUCAACGAUUUUUUCGUGAACAGAACAAAACAAAUCGAUCAAAAUGUUCAAAAACCAUUUGGAAAUGAUUGGGCGCAAUGAGAGCCCCAGCAAGAAGGCUAAGUUCUGGCAGUCCUACAUCAGGUCCCUGAAGGGCUCCGAGGAUAUCCGUGCCCACGAGGCGCCCCGUGCCUCUCGUCCCUACAGCUCCUACCUGGACUCACUCUACAGGAGCAUCUACGACGAGCCCGCCACCGCCAACGAGCGCGUCCAGUCCUCUGGCUACAGAUAUCUGCCAGUGAGCCGCGACACCUACGGCUACUCGCCCCGUGCCAUCUACGAUCAUCACUACAGCCGAACAAUUCCAGCUAACUACGACGCAGAGAAGGCCUGGAAUGAUCAUCUGAAGCGCAUGCAGGAGAUCGAGCGCAGGUACCCAUCUCGCUACGGUCUCUACUUGAGGGACAAGCCACUCACGCCCAACUCGCUGGUGCCCCUGGAGUACGAGCCAGAGGACAAGCUGCUGGCUGAGCUCAACAAGGCUCGCCGCUCGGCCUCGCCGUUCCGCCCUGCCAGGAGCACCCGCGCCGGCAGCGAGCCGUACGUGCCACCGCCGGCCUACUGGAACCGCGAGGGCAGCGUGCCCCGCGGAGGACCCUCGGUCUUCGACCGCGCCACCAGCCUGGCCCCGUUCACGCGGCCCAGCUUCCGGGCCAGCUCCCUGGAGCCGCUGGACGAACUCUUUGAACGUAAGUUGCCCGCGAUCGCCGAGGCUGAUUCGGCGCCAACUGAUGCGCCCAGUCGGUCACUCGGUAUUUUCGAGCGCGCCGGCUCGCCAAGUCCCACUCCCGUCAAAGCCGGUCGCUGGGGACCACGCCCCACCGAAGUCGCCUACGAUGCUGAGGGACUCCCGAUCUUCCAUCCCCGCAACCGGUUCAGGGAUCUGCUGAGCCCCAGCCCCAACUUGCCGAUCUCCUCGAUCGUGCGCGAUCCCUUCUGGUGGGACGUGGAUGACCUUGUGCCCUUCCGCGCCACCUCGGUGCCCCGUGCCUCGAGCCCCGUGGCCCGCGAUUCGUACUUGUCGCCGGUGAAGAACCGCUACUUGUGGUCCAAGCACCCAGCCAGACCCUUGACCCCUCACCGCUCAAUUUAUUAAACGAACGAAAUAACGAACUACACAACAACAGAACAAGAACAUCCUGAAGAACAACAACGAAUGCAUCACAAGGGGCCCCAAAACAACGACAACUAGCUUUUGGAGUAGAUCAGUAGCAUAAAAGGUGUUAGACCUUUUCACGAAGUCUUAAUAUCCGUCAACAACGUUUGAAUUUUUUCAAAACUGCUAGAACUCCUCUCGGAAAAACAACACCAUUUCCGUUGGGGUUCUAUAAUCAUUUGCCAGUGCGUACUUCCCGUAGAAAAAAAAACCAACCGAAUAAAACUCAAACUCUCUCUUUAUUUUUAUUUUCUGAUUUCUUAAGAACCUGUCUUAAAUGUUAAGUGCAAGAAUAUGAAAAAAAUCGAUUUACAUUUAUUAUAAUAAAAGAAUAAAAUCAACUUAUGAGUUCCCAUUUGAAGCAUCAACAUCAAACAAUCAAAAUGGGUUUCAUAAAUUGUUCCUUUUUUGUAUAUCUUAGAUGCUAUAUAUAAAAUAUAUUUAUACAACUACUUGUAUUUGUAAAAAAAAUCGUCUCUGUUGCGGAGCUCGAUAACAUUUAGAAAACUGUAUAGAGAUAUGUAUAUCUGCCACAACACAUCCAACAUUCGGCCUAUCCAUACAUAUACUGGACAUUUUCAAUUUGUAAUAAAACUAAAAAAAAA